UUUACGAAUUAAGGGCUAUGGCCGAAGUUUACUUUUCGUUAGUAUAAAAUUUCAAUUAUAUGGCGCUUCAGUGUUAAAUGAUUUUAUAAAUUUUGGUAUGAUAGUAUCUAGUAGAAACAGAUUACAUGUGCUGAAUGUGUUGCGUAAACUGAUGCGCAGAGAAAAAGUACGGAAGUACCGACGUAAAACGUGGAACCAAAAAGAGCGUGUGACUAGCGCGCUAACACACGCUUUUAAUGGUUGUUAAUUUAAAAGUCAUUUUUUAAGUGGAAAGUUUCAAUCAAAUAUGUCACGAUCAAAGUCAGAAAAAAAUGGGAAUGGUAACAAGUGCGAAUUAAGUGUUUGGGCACGUGCAAUUACAGCAAAUUCAGAAUGGCCAGAUAAAGAAGAAUUUCUCGAUGUUGUUUAUUGGGCCAGACAAGCAAUCGGUAUUAUCGUUGGUAUAGGAUGGGGUCUUAUACCUUUAAAGGGAUUUAUAGCUCUAUUAUUAUUUGUACUAGUCAACGCAGGUGUAAUGUAUCUAUAUUUCAACAGUUUUCAACAAAUCGAUGAAGAAGAAUAUGGUGGUAUAUGGGAAUUAACUAAGGAAGGAUUUAUGACUUCAUUUGCUGGCUUCUUGGUAACGUGGAUCAUCAUAUAUUCUGGGCUACAUUUUGACUGAUUUAGGAAUAAAAAGUGAUACACACGUGGACUGAAAAUCGAAUUAAAUUGUAAGUGUAAAAUCAUUUGAUAUAUUCCCUACUGGAAAGUGCUCUAUAUUUGCAUAUGCUUAACUUUAUAAGCAUUUGUCUACGUAAAAACAUACAUUUUCUAUAUAUAACACUGGAAUGUAUUAAUGGUGUUUCUACGAAAAAAAAAAAGAAAGGUAUUAUUUUAUUAAUUAUACAAAAUAAUAUCUUCUCACAAUUUGUUACCCGUAGAUAAUACUUGUUAUACAAGAAUGAAUUAUACGUAUACAAAUCUUUUUAUCGUAUUAAACAUCUAUAUUAAACUAGUUUCUUCUUGAUACACCAACUUUCACAGUUGAAUAAGUCGAACGUUUGUUAAUAAAAAUAUAUUUUUAUUGUUACAAGAAGGAAAAGUAUACAAAUUUAAAAAAAUAAA